UUCAUAUUCUAGCUGUGUCUGGGGUUUACUCUACACUGAACCAUGGGAUUGUAAUCUUUUCUGCCCCGAAUUUAAAAAAUUAAACAGUCAACGUCAAGCUCGGGCAAACAUCUGGAUAAAGGUUGUGUGAUUUAUAGUUUGCAGGAUUGCAGUAUAAGACAUAAAAACUGAAUUAUGGAAGAACAACUUUACCUUGAUGCUGAAGGCCCACUUCUACCUCUUCAUACUUCCAUUUCACUCUUUUUGAUGUCUUACUGUGACUGCAAAACAUGGAAAAUUUUCCUUGUGCUACCAGACAGCAAGGCAAACAAUCUGUCCAAAAACAUCUUGUUACCAAGAAACCUAGAACUUGAGACCAUCUGCAAAUGCGAUAUUCCGCCGCUGGUCAGAGGCUGCCGUUUGCCUGCAGUUGUGGAGGCCUCGGGAGCAUUCUGUAGAGCUGGGUUGGCUGUGGUACUUAGACAUAUCACUCAAAAAGCACACAUUGCUGAACCCUCUAGGAACGAUAUCAUUGAGCUGCUUGGUUUUAAAAAGACUUGUUUGAAGGCUUGUGCAGAAGUAAGUCAGUGGACGAGACUUUGUGAAAUCAGCAUUCCCCGGGCAAUUGAGAGUUUUCUAAAGAAACCUUCAGCCACCAUCCCAACAGAAGUGCUGCAGUUUGAAAAGAAGCUAGGGGAGCCAGUCAAAGUACAUAAUGAUGAUAAAAUCCGAAGGCAAAAAUUGCAGCAGCAAAUGACAGCUAAUACAAAUGAAGCAGUAGACGCUAAAAGUAAUACAGCAAAGACCAUGCCAUGUUUUGAUAUCAUCACUAAUAAAACUAGUUUGGAACUGGGAGCUGCUCUGUCUAAACUAACGGUACAAGGAGCAUUGUCUCGGGCCACAAGGGAGCCCUCUCACAUCAGAAAAGCGAAGAACUCUGAUCUCCCUCCUCUUGAACACGUCUUUGCCGAAGGCCUCUACUUUACUCUGACAGAUGUUGUCCUGCUGCCAUGCAUUCAUGCUUUCUUGGUUGCUCUCAGUAACGUGGCAGAAGAGAAAUGCGCUGAGCUUCCCCUUAUUGCUGCUUGGUAUAAAAGGGUGCAGCAGGUACCUGGGGUGAGAUUUGCUGCAAGCAUGUGUAACAUAACGUUUCUUGAUAUUCUGUGUGAGAAUGCAAAGCCGCAAAAAAUGCUUUCUACUUUCGACUCUGAAACAGAAGAAAAGGAAAUUCAAGACAGUAACUUUGUAGGUGGACCAAGGCCAACAAUGACAAAACUGAAGGAACUUGGCAUUGAAGCAAUAUUUUCUUCUCAUCCAUGUCCUUCUUGGGCUAUUGAUUGGGAAAGCCUACCUGCAGCUGCAAGUCCUGCAGAAGGGAAAAUGUCCAGUGAGCGGGCUGUGAGGAAGCAGCAGCAACUGAACAAUCUGUUAUCGGUGGUGACUAAUAUAGCCAAACCUGGCGAUACUAUUGUGGAUUUCUGCAGUGGAGGGGGCCAUGUAGGAAUUGUCUUGGCUCACAAGCUGCCAUCGUGCCAGGUGAUUCUUAUAGAGAAUAAAGAAGAAUCCCUGUUACGUGCCAAAGAGAGAUGCAGUGAACUCGGACUGAUUAACAUAUGGUUCAUUCAAGCCAACCUUGAUUACUUUACUGGGAGUUUUACUAUUGGGGUUGCACUUCAUGCCUGCGGAGUAGCAACAGAUAUGGUGAUGGACCACUGCAUCAAAGCUAGAGCAGCUUUUGCCAUCAGCCCAUGCUGUUAUGGGUUCAUACAAAAUACUGUCAAAACCAGCUUUCCCAGAAGCUGUCGGUUCCAGGAGGCUUUGAAUUAUAAGGAGCACAUGAUUCUGUGUCGAUUUGCUGAUCAGACCGCUGUGCAGCUGCCAGCCGAGCGGAGACAAAUAGGAAAGCAAUGCAUGGGAUUAGUCGAUCUGGACCGAGCUUGGGCGGCCGAGCAGAAUAAAUACAAAGUGCAGGUUAUCACUAUGGAACCCGAAAGCUGCUCACCAAAGAAUAACAUGAUCGUGGGAUCUCCUAUAUAAACCUCCAUUAUCUAAAUCUGUUGUGAAAUAUAUAAACUGAAGCCAAUGUAAAGUGAAAGGACAUGAAAUAUCCCUCCUGACUGCAGAACUUUCAUUGUGUGGAUGUAAAUAUUCCAGCUUGCCAGCAGGAUGGUUUGUAUAUAGAAAUAAUGUAAGAAGCAAGGUGCUUGCCAAGUCCUAGCCAGUAAGUUGGUUUGCUUUAACUUUUUAGAAUGUCCAUAUAUGUAUUGAAGUGUAUGCAGUAUUAUGUUAUGCAGGAAUAUACAUUGUGGAAAGCACAAGAUUUUCUGUAUGAGUAAUGCAGCCUAGGUCAGCAGGUCUCAUGUGAACCUGUACAGCUUGGCAAAUGUGACCAUUCAUUAUUAAACUUGUUUUUUUUAUGAUUUUG